GCUCCCGUUUCUGUUGUGCUGUUUUUUUCCCCUCUCGUUGUUUUGUUCCGAGCUGAUCUCGGUAUCUCGGUUCGCCGCCCGAGGACGCGUUGUUUUGCGCUCCGGGUUUCGUUUCGCUCUCCGUUUCGCUUUGCUCCCCGCUUUUCACUUUGCGCACCUUUUGUUUCUUUCGUUCCGUUUGCCCUUUGCACACCCCACCUUAUUUUCUACAUCUCUUUUUGCACACUCUUCCAAUCGGUGUCCAUUCCUGUCCGCACUCCCUUUGGGUUUGCACUUCCCUUUCCCUCUCUACACGUUUCCCACACCCCCCACUGUUCGCACGCCCCCUCUCCUUGCCCCACACUGCGCCCACAGCCACCCCAAACUCGGGGCUCACCCCCGUCUCCCCACCCUAAACCCCACGGCACCCCACGUUCGGGGCGCAGCACGGAGAAAGGAAGGAGCGCUGGGCGCACGGAGGACCCCGCGCAAUUAGCGGGCAAUUAGCGGGCAGCGCUCAGCAUUACCGAGAGCGGCGCUGCGGCGCUGGGGGCGGCCCCCCCGUGUCCCCGCCCGCCGCCCAUAUAAGCCAGGGCGGUGAGCCGGGCCCCGCAGUGCGGUCCGGAGCUUCAGCUAUCCGUCUGAACUCUCGCAGCCAUGAGCACCGGCGUGUACCACUCCCCCAUGGAGGUGGCUGUCUAUCAGCUGCACAACUUCUCCAUCUCCUUCUUCUCCUCCUUGCUCGGGGGGGACGUGGUCUCCGUGAAGCUGGACAACAGUGCCUCUGGAGCCAGCGUGGUGGCCAUUGACAACAAGAUCGAGCAGGCAAUGGACCUGGUGAAGAACCACCUGAUGUACGCGGUGAGGGAGGAGGUGGAGGUGCUGAAGGAGCAGAUUAAGGAACUGCUGGAGAAGAACUCGCAGCUGGAACGUGAGAACAGCCUCCUGAAGACCCUGGCCAGCCCCGAGCAGCUGGAGAAGUUCCAGUCACGGCUCCCAUCCGAGGUGCUGCACCCCCAGGAGCAGAGCCCAGGGGCAGCUCCCCAAGCCCAGCACUCGGGGGGCUCUGCGGUGUAAAGUGGCUCUGUCCUUGGGGUGGGCAGAGCCACGGAACUCUUUCUACUUCAUCUCCUGCAACGAUACCAAAAUACGCCAAGUUUUUCUGCCUUGGCUCAGAGGACUGCUGGAGCCCGGUGCUGGGAUGCUCGUCCCUCCGGGAGAUGCCGGCGGCUGACCUCCACCUGUCUGCCCUCCCCGCAAUGUGUGGGGCAGGGCUCGCCGAGACCCCACAGCGCUGUCCAUGGGGAUGCGGCUGGAAGGAGAGCACCGAGCCCCAGUGUUUUAGGUUGGGGGGGCAACCCGAACCUGGACUUGAGCAGCUGUCGUGGUUGCACGCACGUCAGCGUGGGGAUUACAAGGAAAGAAAGAGAGAACAACCAAAAACCAGCCAACCAAACCUUGUUUGACUAUAGUUGAGGUGUUUGUGUAGCUGUGUCUAUGCGGUGCCUGGGAUGCUGCAGGCCGGCUGCGCCCUUCUGGGCAGGAUUUGAGAGGAGACUGGAAUGGCACUGGGGUGGAACUGGGGGAACUGGGUGGCCAGAGGGCCAAAACGGCCCUGAAAUGGGGGAAGACACCCCCCCCCCCCCACCUCCUGAGCGACGGGACGUCCCUGCAGACGUCUGACGGUUGGAGCAGUGAUGUGGUUGUGUACAUUUUUAGGUAGAAAUGGCAAUAAAGUCUACUUUUUUAUAGAA